GACGGACGUCGCUUUGAAGCGACGCCGACGGAGACAUCCACAAUGAGCUCCGGAGCAGGAGCUUACACAAAAAUACAGGCCGAUAACAUUCUAUUGAUUUUUCUGAAACGUUCGUUGAACCAAUCACAGAGUUAGGACUAUUUUUGAAGGGUGAGGUUGUUGUUGGGUUUUUGCGAGGCCAGUGCGGUGCUACAUGUAAAGUUGGUGCAGGUGUCGAUUUUCCGGGCCAAUAGGAGCUCGGUGCAUGCACACCGAUUCUCCUCCGAUGCAGGUGGCUACUUUAUUUCGCGAGUCCAGCACGUUGCUGGGCGCUACUAUGGACACGGGCGGAGUCUCGGGGCCCGAUUCCGGUUUAUCCACGUUGGGCCCAGGAACUCUACCCUACGACUCCUACGGACAUCCGUACAACAACAAGUACAAACUCAAUAUGAAGCUGGAACCACAAGAUGAUGGUUAUGAAACAAGUGCUGAUAUGCUCUUGUCUAACACCAACACUAUGGGACAUGAAGUGAAAUGUGAAAAAUUGGAGGAUCCCUAUAGUUUCAUUGAUGAUGAUCCCAUGCCUAUGUUGCCCGCCCCACAGGGCCCCUGUGUGAACCCACCACAACCAAUAAACAACCAAUUAGUACCAAUGCCCAAGAAGCGUGGUAGAAAAAAGAAGAUUAAACCAGACCAAUUUUUUGAAUAUAGACCGGAAUUUGUACAAGAAAUGAAUGGCAUGCCUAGACCUAUCAAGGAGAGAAAGAAACACGACCGGUUCAACGGUAUGCCCGAGGAGGAGGUCUCCAAGAGAACUCUGCCUGACCACUUAGCUUCAAAUUUAGAUAUAAUUAUUAUUGGGAUAAAUCCAGGGUUAUUCGCAGCCUAUAAAGGGCAUCACUACGCGGGUCCGGGGAAUCAUUUUUGGAAAUGUUUAUACCUAUCGGGACUGACACAACAACAAAUGUCUGCCGAUGAAGACUACAAGCUUCUCCAGGUUGGCAUAGGAUUCACCAACAUGGUCCAAAGGGCAACGAAGGGAAGUGCCGACCUAACCCGCAAAGAAAUCAAAGAGGGUAGCCAAAUACUUUUGGAGAAACUGAAGAAGUUUCGACCGAAAAUCGCCGUUUUUAACGGAAAGUUAAUUUACGAGGUGUUUUCCGGGAAGAAAGACUUCAAUUUUGGACGACAACCUGAUCUUGUUGAAGGCACAAACACUUAUAUGUGGGUAAUGCCGUCAUCGAGUGCGAGAUGCGCCCAACUUCCUCGGGCGGCGGAUAAAGUUCCAUUUUACGCGGCAUUAAAGAAAUUUCGAGAUUACCUAAACGGUCUAAUACCGGACAUCGAGGAGUCGGAGAUGAUUUUCAGUGAGCCGAAAGUGAAAUCGUGUUACGAAGCGGAACCGAAACCGGACCCUUAUUCGGAGAUCACCGACUUGAGUAACCCGGCAGUAAUCAAAAACGAAGACGGCACGAUCGUUCCUUGUAAGAAAAAACGCGGAAGGCCUAAAAAGAUAAAGGUGGAGGGGGAGGAACCCCCAAAGCCGGUGGUGCGAAAGCCGCCAGUGCAAACGAACAAUUGUGAUUUUCCUAAGAAGAAACGAGGGCGGCCUAAAAAAAUUAAAGUGGAGGAUCAAGAUAUGAAUCCCGUGAACGAUACAUCGACCAAUAUGUCAAAAUGCUACUCGAAUACUUCCCCGAAUAAUUAUUAUCCAAUGCCGUCAGCGUUGACUCCUCCGAAUAGCGGAAGUAAUCUCUACGCCCCGCAACCUCCCCAAUACUGUCAGUCUCCGAGGCCACCGUACAGUCAAUCGCCGAGACCACCGUUCAGCCAAUCUCCCAGACCUCAUUCUCAACCAUUUACUCAUUCGGACUUAAGUUCGGAAAUAAGCGCAGCGAUCAGCUCAGAUCAACUAGGAUCGCCAGCUUCGCCAAGUCUAGGGCCGCCGGACUUUGAACCGCCAACGAGCAUGGCCGAAGAAGGCGAGUGCAGACUGAGCAGUCCGGCCCCAUCCACACCCAGCGAACAACCCCACUAUCCGUACCAUCACAAUUACGGUAUGGAACCGCCACAAGAACCCCAACAUUACUCGUCGCCAAGACAACCACAAGAUAUAGCAUCGAAAAGUUUAUCCGGACUGGAAUCAUUAGUGGACCAGAUUCCGAGUAUCACGGAUGGAGAUGCGCCGUUGAGCGACACUCCAGAGCAAUAUUCAGGACAGUUUAGUAACUAUAACGUUCCAGGCAGGACGAGUCCUAACCAUUACAAUUAUGGAGGGGGGUCUGGUUAUCCGAUUUACCCAACACCAACUUGGAGUAGUCAUUACGAACCGGUUCCAUUAGGCUACCCACAAAUACCAGCUUAUCCCCAGAGUUACGCACCCGGGUUACACAUGCCCAGCCCAAACUACCCAUACUAUACCUAUCCUCAGUCGGCUCCGACGCAUCCGCCAGGCUACCCGCCCUACUUAGGGGGCUUCUGAUUGGUUUCCGUAACUGUGUAUUCAUGUUGUGUACCUGUACCAUAUGUUCAGCUAGUACCUAGCAAGUCUGUCCGCUUGAGUACAGUUGGUCACUUGCAUUUCGACAACAGAGACUUGCACAGGGUAAAUGGUGAUAUUUUUUUGUCAUAAGUAUUUUCUCUAAACUUUGAAUGUUAGGUAGGCCAAGGGUUUCGUGCAUUAUUCUAUACAUUCAGAUCUCAGUUGACGACAGUUGCGUGCGUGCGUGAGUGUGCGUGCCCCGUUGCAAACUGACCGUGUGAAUGGUUAAAUAAUGGUUCGUCGUUAUAAUAGCUGUAGCCGGUGUCUUCUUUAUUUCUUGACGAUGUAAACAAGGUACGUUUGUUAUAGCUCUUCCUACGCCCCUUUAUCCCCCACCACUCCUAACCCAACCCCGAAUCGAUCUCGAUCGCUCGCCCAUCAUUCCCUUCUUAUCGGUUCGAAGUUCUCCGCAUCAAUCCUAUCAUACCAUCCCACUAUUUCUACAUAUCAUUAACAUCGAGAUGGGGACCUUCUUCCAGGGACUUCCCCGGUAAUACAGCAAACUAACAGAGUAUUUAUUUUUAUAAUCAACCUUUGGUUCCAGGACGUUUUCUAAUUUUACCAUCUUUCAAAAUAAUUUUAUUAUUACCUUGAAUAAGGUGCAAAAUUACUUUAUUCCAAAAAUAUGUUUGAUUUUUAACUGGCACUAGAUAGUUUAACACUGUAGAAAAUUUAGAACAAUCCAAUUCGAUGAUUUAUUUUAUUUAGAUAAAUUAUAUCUAAAAAGUUUAUUGUCGUAUUUACGAUUUGGAUUGCGCUCGAUUUUGCUAAUGCAAAAUUUAUAUAUUAAUUAAUUAAAUAAAUUGUAGUGAAAUUA